AUGUCUCACCAAGGCUCUCUGUCCUUCCAGGUGUUCCCAGGGAACAGCAACGCCGACGGCGUGGUUCACCACAGACUCCUGCACUCGGUGAAGGGCCGCUUCCUGCGCUUCCUCCCGCGCAAGUGGAACGCCGCGGGGCGGAUAGGGCUGAGAGUGGAGGUCUUCGGCUGCUCCUAUAAGUCAGAUAUUGCAGACUUCGAUGGCAGAAGUUCACUCCUUUACAGGUUCAAUCAGAAGCUUAUGAGCACAUUCAAAGAUGUGGUUUCCUUGAAGUUUAAGAGCAUGCAGGGAGAUGGAGUCUUAUUCCAUGGAGAAGGACAACGUGGAGACUACAUUACCUUGGAACUGCAGAAGGGGAAGCUUUCUUUGCACAUCAACCUGGGGGACUCCAACCUGCACUUCAGUAAUAGCCACACAUCCGUCACCCUGGGCAGCCUCCUGGAUGACCAGCACUGGCACUCGGUUCUCAUAGAGCGCUUCAACAAGCAAGUGAACUUCACAGUGGACAAGCACACCCAGCAUUUCCGAACAAAGGGGGAUUCAGAUCACUUGGAUAUUGAUUAUGAGCUCAGUUUCGGAGGGAUACCUGUCCCAGGGAAACCAGGAACCUUUCAGAGGAAAAAUUUCCAUGGAUGCAUUGAGAACCUUUAUUACAACGGAGUCAAUAUAAUUGACCUGGCAAAAAGGCGCAAACCUCAGAUCUAUACUGUGGGGAAUGUGACCUUUUCUUGCUCAGAACCACAAGUUGUUCCUAUAACCUUUGUCAGCAACAGCCGAAGCUACUUGCUACUCCCUGGCACUCCUCAAAUUGACGGUUUGUCAGUCAGCUUCCAGUUACGAACAUGGAAUAAAGAUGGCUUGCUUCUGUUCACUGAAUUGUCUGAAAAUUCAGGACCUCUCUUGGUUUACCUUCGUGGUGGGAGAUUGACACUGCUUAUUCAGAAAGACACAGAGAACCCAGUGGAAAUCAAUGAAGGCACCAGUCUUCAUGAUGGGCUUUGGCAUUCUGUUAACAUCAAUGCCAGAAGACAUCGCAUUACCCUGACACUGGAUAACAAUGCUGCCACUGCUAGCCAUGCAACCACUGUCUCAAGAAUCUACUCUGGGAACAGCUACUAUUUUGGAGGAUGCCCUGACAAUUUCACCGAUUCCCAAUGUUUAAAUCCCAUUACUGCUUUUCAAGGCUGUAUGAGGCUCAUCUUUAUUGAUAAUCAGCCCAAAGACCUCAUUUUAGUUCAGCAAGGCUCCCUGGGGAAUUUUAGUGAUUUACACAUUGAUCUGUGUGGCAUCAAAGACAGAUGCUUACCCAACUACUGUGAACAUGGAGGAAAAUGCUCUCAGUCCUGGACCACAUUUUACUGCAAUUGUAGUGAUACAGGCUACAUGGGAGCUACCUGUCAUAACUCUAUCUAUGAACAAUCUUGUGAGGCUUACCGACAUCAAGGGAAGACAUCAGGUUUCUUCUACAUUGAUUCUGAUGGAAGUGGACCACUUGGACCACUCCGUGUUUUUUGCAAUAUAACAGAGGAUAAGAUCUGGACUGCAGUGCAGCACAAUAACACAGGUCUAACCAAAGUGCAAGAUGCUGAUUUGAAGAAGCCAUACACUAUGUCCUUUAACUACAACAGCAGUAUGGAGCAGCUUGAAGCCAUGAUAAACAGUGCAGAGUACUGUGAACAGGAGGCAGCCUACCACUGCAAAAAGUCACGUCUCCUGAACACCCCAAAUGGAAUGCCAUUUGCUUGGUGGGUUGGCCGUGCCAAUGAAAAGCAUCUUUACUGGGGAGGAUCUCUUCCGGGUAUUCAACAGUGUGCAUGUGGACUGGAAGAAAGUUGUCUGGAUAUGAGAUAUUUUUGCAACUGUGACGCAGAUAGAGAAGAAUGGACAAAUGAUACCGGCUUCCUUGCUUUCAAAGACCAUUUGCCUGUAACUCAGAUAGUGAUCACUGACACAAACAGAUCAAAUUCUGAGGCUGCUUGGAAAAUCGGCCCUUUGCGUUGCUAUGGAGACAGGCAGUUCUGGAAUGCUGCUUCCUUCAACACAGAGGCCUCCUACCUGCACUUCCCCACCUUCCAUGCUGAGAUCAGCGCAGACAUCUCCUUCUUCUUCAAGACUACAGCCAUCUCUGGGGUAUUCUUGGAAAAUCUUGGGAUUAAAGACUUCAUACGAAUUGAAAUAAGCUCCCCCAAGGAGAUCACCUUCUCCAUAGAUGUUGGGAAUGGCCCCACAGAAGCCACUGUGCAGUCUCCCACACUCCUGAAUGACAACCAAUGGCACUACGUCCGAGCUGAGAGGAACCUCAAGCAAACCUCUCUGCAGGUGGACAGCCUCCCCAAGAAGGUCCUGGAGGCACCUGCUGAAGGGCAUUUUCGUUUGCAGCUCAACAGCCAAUUAUUUGUAGGGGGAACAGCUUCCAGAAAAAAGGGCUUUUUGGGAUGCAUUCGAUCUCUGCAUUUAAAUGGGCAGAAACUUGACCUUGAAGAGAGAGCUAAAAUGACACCUGGUGUUAAACCUGGAUGUCCAGGACAUUGCAGCAGUUAUGGUAACCUGUGCCAUAAUGGAGGAAAAUGUGUGGAGAAGUAUAAUGGUUACUCCUGUGAUUGUACCAGCUCAGCCUAUGAAGGACCUUUCUGCAAGGAAGAGGUUUCUGCAUUAUUUGAAACUGGCACUUCUGUUACCUAUAUUUUCCAAGAACCUUAUCCUGUCACAAAAAAUGCAAGCACCUCAAGCUCUGCCAUUUAUGCGGAUGCUGUCAUGUCCAAGGAAAAUAUUGCAUUUAGCUUUCUCACAGCGCAUACUCCAAGCCUUCUACUGUACAUCAACACCUACUUUCAUGACUAUUUGGCUGUGAUUCUUUCCAAGAAUGGAAGUUUACAGGUCCGAUACAAGCUGAGUAAGGAUGGGCUUCUCAUUUUCACCAUUGACUCUGGAAAUUUUGCCAACCGAGAGCUUCACCACGUGAAGAUUAAUAGAGAAGGCAGAGAGCUCAUCAUUCAGGUUGAUCAAGUUCUCAAACUCAAACAUAACUUUUCUGAGACUGAUUUUAAGGCCAUCAAAUCACUCAGCUUGGGCAAGGUCACAGAUAGUUUGUCACUGGACCCUGAAGUCUCAAAGGCAAAUGCCUAUGGUUUCACUGGCUGCCUGUCCUCUGUUCAGUACAACCACAUUGCUCCCCUGAAAGCUGCCUUACGCCAUCCCAGCAUUGCUCCUGUGACUGUCAAAGGCUCCUUGACUGAAUCCAGUUGCGCAUCCAUAAUGGAAGCUGAUGUGAACACAGUAACCACAAUAUAUUCCUCAUCAGAUCCUUUUGGGAAGACAGAUGAGAGAGAGCCUCUUACGAAUGCAGUCAGAAGUGAUUCAGCUGUGAUUGGAGGUAUAAUUGCAGUUGUGAUUUUCAUCAUCUUUUGCAUCAUUGCCAUCAUGAGCAGAUUACUCUAUCAGCACAAACAAGCACAUCGAAGUAGCCAGACAAAGGCGAAGGAAUACCCAGAAAACCUCGAGAGCUCCUUUAAAGCUGACAUUGACUUGCAGAACACAGUGAGCGAGUGCAAACGGGAAUAUUUCAUCUGA